CCGGCACGCCGGCACCUCCGCCCUUCCCUCCCCGGCGCUGUGGGGCGGCCGCCCCGGGCUCGCCGCGGUGCCGGGAAGCGGCGACUCCGCGUUCCGCCCGCGGAAACUUUGGCCGGCGCGCAAGGGGAAGGAUGGAGCCAGCGGAGCCCGCGGCGGCGCUCCUCAACCUGUCCCGAGCCGCGGCAGAGACGCCCCGCGGGGAGUUCAACCUGUCCGGGCUGCCGGACGCCGAGGGGAAGCCCCUCUUCGGCAUCGGCAUCGAUAACUUCAUCACCUUGAUCGUCUUCGGUUUAAUCUUCACCCUGGGGGUGCUGGGCAACACACUGGUGAUUACGGUGCUGGCGAGGAGCAAGCCGGGCAAGCGCCGCAGCACCACCAAUAUCUUCAUCCUCAACCUGAGCAUCGCCGACCUGGCCUACCUGCUCUUCUGCAUCCCCUUCCAGUCCACGGUCUACGUGCUGCCCACCUGGGUGCUGGGAGCUUUCAUCUGCAAGUUCAUCCACUACUUCUUCACCAUCUCCAUGCUGGUGAGCAUCUUCACGCUCUCGGCCAUGUCUGUGGACCGGUACGUGGCCAUCGUGCACUCACGCCGCUCCUCAGCCUUGCGUGUUCCCCGCAACGCGAUGUUGGGUGUGGGGCUCAUCUGGGCACUCUCCUUCGCCAUGGCCUCGCCUGUGGCUCACCACCAGCGCAUCUUCCACCGCGAGACCAGCAACCAGACCUUCUGCUGGGAGUUCUGGCCCAACCCACGCCACAAGAAGGUCUACGUGAUUUGCACAUUCGUCUUUGGAUAUCUGCUCCCGUUGCUGCUCAUCUCCUUCUGCUAUGCCAAGGUUCUUAAUCAUCUGCAUAAGAAGUUGAGAAACAUGUCAAAGAAGUCAGAAGCUUCCAAGAAAAAGACAGCACAGACUGUGUUGGUGGUGGUAGUGGUUUUUGGCAUCUCCUGGCUUCCUCAUCAUGUGAUCCAUCUCUGGGCUGAAUUUGGAGUUUUCCCACUGACUCAAGCCUCCUUUCUCUUCAGGGUAACUGCACACUGCCUGGCUUACAGCAAUUCUUCUGUGAACCCAAUCAUAUAUGCAUUUCUCUCUGAAAAUUUUAGGAAGGCCUACAAGCAAGUCUUCAAAUGCCAGAUUGGUAAUGAGUCAGUUCUGAAUGAUGCUAAGGAAAAUAAAAGUCGGAUAGAUACACCACCCUCUACCAAUUGUACCCACGUGUGAAUGUUGAGAAGCCCUGUAUGUUGGCUCUUCCUUUAUGUAAACUGAACAUCAAGAAAAAAAAGCACAAUGAGCUUUAUCCUGGGUUUAUCUUGAUAAAGCUAAUUGGUAUUUAAUGUACUGAAGUUGCAUUUGUAACCAAAGUUUGUGAAACUCAUACGAAAGACACCUGGGCUGAUCUUUUGCCUCUUAGAUAGCAUUAUCAAAUAAAACUCUUGGACUUGCAUAGAUAUUUGAGGAAAAAAAUGUUGAGAUGAUGUGUCUCCAUUCUUGCUAAGCAUACAAAGGUAUAAGAAGAAGAUGUUGAUGUGAACAGGUAACUUUCUGACAUCUUACUCCGUGAAAGUGAAAAAUGGCUAAAUUUUCUGUCCUACAGAUAAUAAAUACUGGACUACUAUGAUUUCAAAGAGGAAAGUUUUUGUUCUCUCUUCAGAUUGUUUUGACAAUGUGUUUUUUCAAACAUGGGCUCUGAUUUGGAGCUGGAAUAAGUUGUGUACACCUUGAGGCAAUUGCUUUAGAGAGGAAUGCUAUUUCUUUCUGUUUAGCUGGUUUUAAUGUGUUAUACUGAGGAAGGAUUGAUUGGUUUUCCACUUCGUAUGGCUGCCUUACUCUAUACACUGAAGUUUUGUGUACACUAUAUAUGGGCUUUUUUUUUAUGGCCUGUAUGUAGUUGUACCAAAAUGUGGAUUUGUGUCUAAGGGAGGGAAGCUUUUCUUCCUGUUCUGCAUGUGCACGUGUAUGUAUGUUUCCUUAAUUUCAGAGGCUUUGAGAUGGAGAUACAGUUUUAAAUGUGUUAUGUAUACAUGUGUUUUAAAAUAUUAUGUUUUGUAAAGAAGCUCUAGUCAAUGCUUAAGGAUUUAAAGGUAGCAUUCCCUUAAAAGUUGUAGGUGGAGCUUGGUAUCAUGUAAUUUUCAACUGGAAGUAUAAAGAAGGUUGUGUUUAAAUUAGUGGAAAAUGUAUAAGGUCAAUGGCACAAUUCUGCAAAUUCUUAAAUAAAAUUAAUAGUUUCCUCAAUUUUAUAAAUUUCCUUAAAAUGACUUUAGGUGGUAAACCACUAAAGAAAUAAUGGAAAAACACUUGCUCCUUUAAAAACAUUCUUUUAGCUGGAUUAAGACAUGAUUUUAGCUUUUUUAAUUAAUGACCUAUAGACUCACAGAGCAAAUCAAAUUAAAGGAACCUCUGGACCUCCUCUUGAGGCACUGAUACCCUUAGAGUUGUAUCACUUUCUUGUUUAGUCAAGAUCUGAACAUUUCUAAGGAUGGCAAUUCAACAACCUGUGCCUAAUCACCCUCACUAAAAUACUUUUCCUUUUCCACAGCUGGGAUUUCCCUUGGUGUAUCCUGUGACCAUUGCUUUCUGCCCUUUCACAGUGUACUGAAAUAUUUUCUCUGAUUAAUGUGUAAUUUUAAGAUGGCCACUGAAUUUCCCCUCAGCCUUCCCCUUUGAAACCAUGUGCUGCUCUCAGCCUCUCCUCAGGUCCCUGGCUGGGUCAGUGACCUUCCACUGCCCUUCCUUCAGCGUAUCAAUCCCUCUCAUGAACUGAGGUGUUCAAAACUGUGUUCUGAGUGUUCCAGAUGUGGCCUCACAAGCACUGAGCGGAAUAAUUGCUUCUCUUGACCCAUUGGCUUGUUCUUGCUAAUGCAGCCCAAUAUUAUCAUCAUUUAUGGCUUCAAGGAUACACUGCUGACUUACAUUUAAUUUCUGCUUUACAAGCCCUUGAGUCCUUUCCUGCAGGUUUGCAUUGACUCCCUGUGCAAAUGUCAGGACUUGGCUUUUGGCUUUCUUGAUCUUCAUGCAUUUGACAGCUGUUACUUCCAUAUUUCCAGCUUACCAAGGGCCCUCUGAUAGGCAUGCCUGCUCUCCAGAAUAUCCAUCGCUCCCCGAGGUUUGGUAUUGUGUGUAAAAUUGCUGAGAGUCCUGAAACCCCUCUCCUGGUCUUUGAAGACGCUAAGUGGUAUUGGCCAGAUGCUCUUUCAUAUUCCUUUUUCUCCAUGGACUUGCUUUAGAAAAAAUAAAAAUUCAGAGUGGUGGAACAUCAACUAUGGAGAAUUAGCUCACAUAAAAAUAUCUAUGUUUAUGUGCCAGUAUUGUCUGCUUGGAAUCAGUAAAAUAGUGUCAAAGACAUGCUAUUGCA